CACUUUCUUUAAACAAAUGAAAAACAACCAGAUGACGGAAAAGGCCUCCACCUAAACAUCGGCACAGUGAUCAAUGUUUCUACAAUUAAUUUUUAGUUUUUCCUUUAUUGCAUGUUUUGCAGAAGUAACAGAACUACCAACAACAGAACCAAAACCAACAACAUCAGGAUGUGAUGAGCAGCCUUUCAAUACAACUUCUACUGACGACUUCUCAAUAGUACCAUCAUCGAUUGAACAUGGAAAAGAUGUUUUAGACAUUCUGAAUAAAACAGGCCAACCACUUAAUUCAUGGUCACCUUUAUAUACAAAUGAAUCAUAUAUUGUUUUCACCAGUAAAGUUCCUGUAACAUUUAUGUCUGUGGCAGUUAACGUCAAAAAUGUAGAAUCUGUGACUCUUGAAGUUGAAAGAUAUAUAAAGCCACAAGAAGCCAACGAACCAUUGGUAUCAUUCAAGUUGCCUGAGAGAAUAGACAGCAGUAUAUUCAAAUUAGUCUUCGUCCCAAGUGGUGAUCUGAUUCCAGUUAUAAGCAAUCUUCAAAUCGAAGUUUGUUAUGGAGGUAUAAAUAGAAUCUGA